GUUAACACGCGCGCAACGCUAGUUUGAACAUUUUUCACUUUCUCUCGAACUCAAAGCAAUAUGGAUAUGGUGAAUAAACUAAACAGUGCAUCUGGCAAAAAAGUGAAAAAUAAUUUUAGUAUAGAACAUUUAUUGGCAAAACCAGAAAAGCAUAAGUUUGAAGAAGUUCAAUGUGAAAGUGAAACAAAUGACGUUGGUCUACAAAAAAAGUUCCCUCCAAAGGAUGACCAGUACGAAAAAUCAAGCAACGAAUAUUCAACGGGAAACGCAACUUCACCAGAUUCCAGUUGUAAUGAAGAGCUUAUGGAUAAUUGCAGUGAAUCUGCGUCGGAAGAAAGUGCAAGCGGGACCAGCGAUGAUCGAAAGAAACGUCCGAGAACGGCUUUUUCUGCUGCUCAAAUAAAAGCGCUGGAAACCGAGUUCGAGCGUGGAAAAUACUUGUCAGUUGCUAAACGAACCGCACUAGCGAAAUCUCUCCACCUGACUGAAACUCAAAUUAAGAUAUGGUUUCAGAACCGACGGACCAAAUGGAAGCGCAAGUACACUGCUGAUGUUGAGCAACUUGCGUCGCACUACUACUCUCAACUAGGGAUUGGAAACUACGCUCGGCCGAUGGUAGUUGGUGAUCGAUUGUGGCUUUUCAGUCAAAGCCCUAAUGGACCAACUCCAGUGCAGUCUUUGCUUUUGAAUACACCCCCUCCAAUCGGUCCAACUCACCCGGCGAUGCGACAGUUUCAACCAAUUCCGUCUAAUCAAUCUGGAGCUUUUGCCAGUCGCACAAACAAUGGUUACAACGUAAACUACUUUCAAAAAUCCGGUAUACCAACUCAACCGCCUAAUUUUCUCAGUCGACUGCCAGCGCCAGGUACAUUUAAACCGAUCUUAAUGGAAGAGGAUGUUAGGUUUUAUAAACCCGCCCCGGAGACAAUUGAAAGCUACUACGGGGCAUUCAAAUUUGGCCCUUCCGAAUUAGUUAAUGAGGAACAAUCUUCUACAAGUGGUUCUGGUAUAGCGGAUUUAGAAAGAGCUUUCGGAAACCCAAGCAGUGUACUAGGUGGUCAAAGUUCGAGAAUAAGUAAUAACCAUCAAACGGAAAUACUCUUCAAUGGUGAUAUGCAUUCAGCCGACCACAGUAAACUGAAAGAUAUGUCUACGGAUUCAUCCAGUGAGAUUGAUUGCGAAGAAGUGAAUGAUAAUGAUUGAUAUUGAUUUUAUUGGCUUGCAGCGUUAUUGUUAUUUAAGGAUACAAAAACUUUAAUUGUAAUUACAUUUCUAAUCACCUCUCAUACCAAAGAAUAUAAAAAGUUCAGGUUGAUAAAUUAAACUCAAUCAACACUAAAAGAAGUAACCGAAAUUUCUCUCAUUAUCGUUGCUAUAUCAGUGGAUACUUACCAGAGCUUUGAAGAAAUAAGCUUUCUGAUAAAUAAAAUUUAUCCCAGGUAUUUUUCUAUAUCAUUACAAACUAUUGAAAAUUAUGACUCAUAUCAAAGGGAACUUAGGGUAAGUUUUGUAAAAUGAUCUUUUUUUCAUUUUAGAGCAGGUUCAUAUUAUAUUUGAUUCGUACGAAACGACUGAUACGAACGAUUUGGAAAAAGUUAUUCCAAUGUUUGAAUAAGCUUAAGAUAUAAAACUUCGAGCAUUCGAAUAGAUUUUCUGUCUGGAAACUUAGCGCUGCAAUCAUGCUAGUAGAUCUUUUGCAAAUUGGGUAUCAUUUUUUUCUGCUACUUAGG